UUGUAAAGGGGAUUAGGUUGGUUGCUAUACACAAGCUUUAGGCUUAAAUUUUGGAGGGAAAAAAUAAAAUUCGGACACAGUUGCUAAAUUUCGUUGUCAGAAAACCAAAAUGGGUAGUGUUAGUCAAAUUUUUAAAUUUAGCGGGUAGUUUUUUUAAUAGAAAUUUUAAGCGAGAAGUUCUUGACAAAAUGACCUAUUAAGCGGGUAGUUUCUAACAAUUUUUCCUUAAUUUAAUUGUACUAAUCAAUAAUCACGGUUUAUAUGAGUAAUAAAAAAUAAAAUAAAAUAAGAAAAAAGAAAAUAAAAUAAAAUAAUUUCAAAAAAAAAAAAAAAUCUCUGUUGCGGUGGCAUGGUGUCAUAUUCCCAUUGUUACUAGUAGUUGCCAGAGGUUGGGGGUUGAGUAAAAAGAGAGUGCGAGCGCCGACGAAGAACUCGCCGGAGUAAUCGGAAAUUAUGGAUUUGCUGCCGGAAGAGACGCCGGAACUUGCCAAAAAGCAUGGAUUCCGAUCACUCAAGCUGCUAAACGUCGACUUGGAGCAGCCGCUCGAAGAUAAACCUUUCGGCGUUGAUUACGGCAAGCUCGACAAUGGCCUCACUUAUUAUGUUCGAUCCAAUUCCAAACCUAAAAUGCGCGCUGCUCUUGCUCUUGUCGUUAAGGCUGGCUCAGUUUUGGAAGAGGAAGAUGAAAGAGGAGUUGCUCACAUAGUUGAACAUCUAGCUUUCAAUGCAACUACAAAAUAUACAAAUCAUGAUAUUGUCAAGUUUAUGGAAAGUAUUGGAGCAGAAUUUGGUGCUUGCCAAAAUGCCAUGACUUCAGCUGAUGAUACUGUUUAUGAGUUGUUUGUCCCUGUAGACAAACCUGAGCUAUUACCACAGGCUAUAUCAGUCUUGGCAGAGUUUAGUAGUGAGAUUCGAGUCUCAGCAGAAGACUUGGAGAAAGAGAGGGGAGCUGUGAUGGAAGAGUACAGGGGAAGCCGAAAUGCCAAUGGUCGAAUGCAGGAUUCACAUUGGGCUUUGAUGAUGGCAGGUUCUAAGUAUGCUGAGCGCUUGCCCAUUGGAACUGAAAAAGUUAUCCGAACAGUUUCUGCUGCAACUGUGAAGCAUUUUUAUAAGAAGUGGUACCAUUUACAGCAUAUGGCUUUGAUAGCUGUUGGAGACUUUCCCAACUCAGAGAGUGUUGUAGAAUUAAUCAGGACGUACUUCGGACAGAAAAGCUCAGCUGAUGAGCCUCCAGGCAUACUUCGUUUUCCAGUUCCAUCACAUGAUGAACCGCGUUUUUCAUGUUUCAUUGAAUCUGAAGCUGCUGGUUCUGCAGUAAUGAUAAGCUGUAAAGUGCCAGCACAAGAGCUAAAGACCAUAAAGGACUACAGGGAUUUGCUUGUGGAGUCCAUGUUCCUUCUAGCUUUAAACCAGAGAUUGUUUAAAGUUUCUCGUAGGAGGGAUCCACCUUUUCAUUCAUGCUCUGCUGCAUCCGAUAAUCUAGUAAAUCCAAUUAAAGCUUACAUAUUGACUUCAUCUUGUAAGGAGAAUGGAAUUAUUGAGGCUUUGGAGGCAAUGCUCACAGAGCUUGCAAGGAUUCACCUGCAUGGGUUCUCAGAACGUGAAAUAUCCAUUGUUCGGGCUUUACUAUUAUCUGGAAUUGAAUCUGCUUAUCUUGAGCGUGAUCAAAUACAAUCAACCAGCUUAAGGGAUGAGUAUGUGCAGCAUUUUCUCUGCAAUGAACCUGUUGUUGGAAUUGAGUUUGAGGCACAACUUCAUAAAUCUCUUCUACCAUCCAUCUCUGCGGCUGAGGUAGCCACAUAUGCUCGUAAGUUCAGCACAACAUGCAAUUGCGUCAUUAAGGCAAUUGAGCCUCAGUCUACUGUAACUUUAGAUGACCUUAAAAAUACUGUGGCAAAAGUCACAAGUCUUGAAGAAGGAGAAAGUAUCUCAGCUUGGGAUGAAGAACAAGUUCCUGAAGAAAUAGUUACUAUUAAGCCAAAUUCUGGGAGUGUAGAUCAGCAGCAAGAAUAUGCCGAUAUCAAUGUCACUGAGCUAAUUUUAUCAAAUGGCAUGAGAGUUUGCUAUAAAUGUACUGACUUCCUUGAUGAUCAGGUUCUUAUAAGUGGAUACUCAUAUGGAGGUCUAUCAGAACUCUCAGAACCUGAUUAUGUUUCAUGUUCCAUGGGUUCGACUAUUGCUGGUGAACUUGGUAAAUUUGGCCAUAAACCAUCUGUACUGAUGGACAUGCUUGCUGGUAAAAGGGCUGAGGUUGGAACAAAGCUUGGACCUUAUAUGAGAACUUUUUCUGCUGACUGUUCACCAACAGACUUGGAGACUGCAUUACAGCUUGUUUAUCAGCUUUUUAUGACAAAUGUGGAGCCUAGAGAGGAAGAAGUUAAAAAAGUGAUGGAAAUGGCAGAAGAAGCUGUCCGUGCUCAGGAGAGAGAUCCAUAUACUGCCUUUGAGAAUCGUGUGAGGGAGAUAAAUUAUGGAAACUCUUAUUUCUUUAGGCCUAUUAGAAUAAGCGACCUUAAAAAGGUUGAUGCUUAUAAAGCAUGUGAGUAUUUCAGCAACUGUUUCAAGGAUCCAUCAACUUUCACGGUUGUGGUUGUUGGCAACCUUGAUCUUGCUACUGCCUGUCCAUUGAUUUUGCAGUACUUGGGUGGAAUACCAAAGCCUCCCGUUCCGAUUUUACAGUUCAGUCGUGAUGACCUCAAUGGCCUGCCCUUCACUUUUCCUGACAACAUUAUUAGGGAAAUUGUUCGCAAACCUAUGGUGGAAGCACAGUGUUCAGUACAGUUAUGUUUUCCUGUGGAGUUGAAGAAUGGGGCUAUGAUUGAAGAGAUUCACUUUGUUGGAUUUCUGAGUAAGUUGCUAGAGACAAAGAUGAUACAAGUCCUCCGUUUUAAACACGGGCAGAUUUACUCUGCAGGUGUGUCUGUAUUCUUGGGGGGAAAUAAGCCAUCAAGAACUGGUGAUGUACGAGGAGACAUCAGCAUUAACUUUUCAUGUGAUCCUUCCAUGUCUUCGACUCUGGUUGAGUUGGCAUUAGAUGAGGUUUUGCAUCUGCAGAAUGAAGGCCCUUCAGAUGAAGAUAUCUCAACCAUACUUGAAAUUGAGCAAAGAGCCCAUGAAAAUGGCUUGCAGGAGAACUAUCAUUGGCUAGAAAGGAUUAUUAGAAGCUACCAAUCAAGAGUCUAUUCUGGUGAUUUAGGCACUUCUUUUCAGAUUCAAGAAGAAGCACGGUUGAAAGUAAGAACAUCUCUAACACCUUCGACAUCAAAAUCUGCACUGCAAAGGAUACUUCCAUUUCCUUGCAGAAAGAAGUAUACUGUGGUCAUUUUGAUGCCCCAAACAACAUGUUUCCAAUUACUUAAGUCAUACUUUUGGGAAAGCUUCCCAAAUUCAAAGUAUGCAGUAGCUAUAGCUGGUCUGACCAUUCUGUCAGUAGCUCUGUGGAGAUCUUCGCGAAGUAGGACUUAACCCAGAAGGAAACAGCCCUAGAGAAUUACGUACACGGCUUCAUUUAAGGUUUGACUGAGAGAAUCCUUUUGUAGUUGACAUUUGGUUAAAGAAUAUACAAAUUUUUUCCAAUACAAGGUGUUAGAUUGAGAAAACUUAUGCUAGAAGCCAUGGGAGAUGUGUUGUAAUGAAAGGAGGCUAGGCUUGCCAACAGUCAAAUUACAAAGUACACAUCUCCAUCGUAUCAUAGGUGCUCUGAACUCGCAGGAAAUUGCAAUUGGACCAAUGCUUGUUGUCCCAAGUUAUUAUAAACGGCCAUCUCAUGGUUACUGAGUACAAGUUUUCAUCGUAUCGUCAGCACUCCUGAAGCGCAGGAAAUUGAUCCGGUGCACACUGUCCUGAGUCUUUGACACAUGCUAUUUUCAUGGUUACUGACCUGUGAAUUUUGGAAACCAUGGGCGACAUUGUUCUAAUUUUUUUUAAGGCAUGGAAAUAAAUAAAAUAAUGUUUCAAAUUAAUAUGGUUCUAUUUACAUCUACAUGCAUGAGGUUUUGAUUUUUUAUUUUUUUUUUAAUGAUAAAAACUUCCUCUUUUUUGGUUUACAUAUCUUUCUAUAAAUAAAGGUUUUAAUAUA